AUGGUCAACCCCGAGCUCCGUCGGCAGGUCAUCAACGUCUACAAAGAGCUCCUCUUCAUGGGCCGCGAGUAUCCUCUUGGAUAUAAGUACUUCAGAAACCGGCUCCAUCACGCAUUUACAAGCCAGGCCAAUCUUCAAGAUGAAGAACAGAUCCGUAAUGGCAUAGCAAGGGCUGAGUACUACUUGAAGCGGUACCGGACGUUGAAGCAGCGGUACGAAAAUGCUUGA